UGCCCCAAGCCAUUCCUGACCCACUGUCCUUCCUUUUAAAUAUGCUACCUACCAGGAAACCUCGCUCUCCUAACACAACACUCUCGUGGAGCAUCCGCUGGUCAGCUAUAUGCAGAAUCCUAUAUGAACUCGAUUACCUAUAUCACGCUAAGCUUCCGCCAUCUCCGCCCACUCACCUCGGGCAAAGACUCUUAGAAUGGCUUCUCUCUUCUCCUUCUCACUAGUGUAUCUUACACUUGAUCUCAUUCACUCCUUCCAAAACAUUU